AUGGAUUCACCAGCAGAAGAUGUAGUUGAUUCGCGAUCGAACGUGGUUGGAAGGAAACGUGCUUUACAAUCAUCCUCGGAUCAAGGCAGAGAAGUUGUCACAAUUGAUUCUUCUUCAGAUGAAUCUGCAAGUCAACCUCGAAAGAGGGCAAAGCCAUCUUCCAACGAACCUGCCAAAGUUGAGGUCGAUCUCACAUCUUCGCCAUUGCCAAAGGAUUCGAUAGGCACUCUUACGUCUGAAGCAAAAGCUGGAUCACCGGCAACCUGGAAUCAAGGCGUACAGAGUGGACUGCGAACAUCUUUCAAGAGCAAGAAACCACUGCCGUCACAAAGCACUCCCUUGAAGCAACCAGAACAUAUCCCAAAUAAUACCAUUGAAAAAUCUCAGGGUCGAUCUGAGCAAAAGCCGAUGACCAAAAAAACAAUUUAA